AUGGCCCGUUCGUACACCUCCGUCGGGCCGAGUUUGAUUACUUCCAUUGCCGUGGAGAUGUCCAUCCCCAACAGCAUCGGCCACCGACGUGUGUUACUCGAGGAACCCGCAAAGAGCCUCCUCGACCACAACUGCGCCGAGAUCGCUGUUGACUCUUCGACUUUUCCUAUCUUCAGUUGA